AGAGACAAGCAACAAAAAAAUUUCACACCCAAUCACAUAUUUCCCAAUUCAAAUCAAUAGGCUAUUAAAUGAUGGCCGCAGCAGAGUUCCAUUAGCAAGUCUAUGGCGAGUCAGUUACUGAUCCAUGUCGCUAACUCCACUUACAGACGACAGACCACCGAGAGGAACACUUGAUACCAAACACGCGAACACAAUGUGCCUAUCCACGCCGACGCCCCCAAAGGCUGGCAGCGAUUCCGUUGCCGGGCAGAGCAACGGCGGCUCCUGUCACCUGGCUGAGGUGUGCAGCAGGGCCAGCACUGGGGAUAAUCAGCUGAAAAACAGACGGGGUCAAGCCGCAGAUGCUAAACAGACCAAAGACCCAGCCGACGAACUGGAGGAUAAUUUAGGCUUUAACGAGGAGAAUGCCGUCUACAAGGAGAACGAGGCAAAGACCAAGCAGCUCGUCGCGGAACAACAGCAGAAGUCCGCCGACGAGGAGGUGGUCUAUAAUCCCCAGAUCAGAUGGCCCGAUCUUGGCGCCCAAACGUUUUUGCACGUCGGCGCUCUCUAUGGCCUCUACCUGCUCUGCUACGCCAAAUUCUACACAUUCCUGUGGGUUGUCGGUUGCAUUUGGGUUUCCGGCAUUGGGAUUACGGCGGGCGCCCAUCGUCUCUGGUCGCACAAGGCCUACACUGCGUCGCUGUUCCUGCGCAUCCUGUUGGCCUUCAUGUUCUCUAUUGCAGGGCAGCGCGACGCUUAUACCUGGGCGCUUGAUCAUAGAAUACAUCACAAGUUUUCGGAAACGGAUGCGGAUCCACAUAAUGCCAAGCGCGGCUUCUUCUUUGCGCACGUCGGUUGGCUAUUCCUAACGCCGCAUCCGAAGGUGAUUGAGAAGCGCAAGGUGAUUGAUAUGUCCGACUUGGAGGCGGAUGCGGUGGUCAUGUUCCAGCGCAAAUACUAUAUACCAUUGUUUGCACUUUGCUCGAUUGCGCUGCCCGUGUUGGUGCCCUGGUAUUUCUGGCAGGAGGAUCUCUGGAUGUCCUUCUGGAUUAACUUUAAUAUGCGCUUCACUUGGACCCUAAACGUGGCCUUCUUCGUCAAUAGCGUGGCGCACAUGUAUGGCAACAAGCCCUACGACAAGAACAUCACACCCGUGGAGGCGCCCAUUGUCUCGUUUCUGGCCAUGGGCGAGGGCUGGCACAACUAUCAUCAUGUGUUUCCCUGGGACUAUAAGACGGGCGAAUUUGGCAACUACACCUUGAACGUGACCACGGCCUUUAUUGAUUUCUGCGCUCGCAUCGGCAUUGCCAGCGGUCGUAAAUCCGUGUCCCCGGAUAUGGUUAUACGACGAGCGGCCAAGUGUGGCGAUGGCACCCGUUUCCUCAGCGAUGAGUAUGCACACAAGGAUCAGGUCUGGGGCUUUGGGGACCGUGAUCUGCCGCGCGAGGAUCUGGCCGAGCUGGCCAAGAUGCAGAAUUGAGUGCUGUGUGUUGGAUCGCAGUGCUGCUAUAGUAUUAGCAGUUAAUCGCCUGUGUUUUUGUUAAUCCUAAGUUUAAGAUAAGCAUCCGCUCCCACUCCCAAAAUACCUAAUAUCCAGACACAACAUGACCACCCGCCCUCCCCCCUACUUGCUCCCAUGCCACAUAUGUACACUACUCGCCUAUGUCGUUGCUUUUGUUACUUACCAAAAAA